UAACAUUGCGAAGAAUAGAAGGUGGGAUAAAAGACCUAGUACUUGCCGGUAUCGAUUUUAUGCGAUUUUCUGUACCAAAAAGAAAAGUUUUAGGAACUCAAUCACAAAAUGUCGAAAGAAAUCAGCCCAGCUAAGAAUUUUAUCGCAGGCGGCUUUGGAGGAGUCUGUCUGGUCGUGGCUGGUCACCCAUUAGAUACAAUCAAGGUCCGGUUGCAGACUCAACCUUCAGUUGCCACAGGGGCCACGCCACUUUACAGGGGAACAUGGGACUGUGCGAAGAAAACGGUGUCAAAAGAGGGGUUCUUUGGUCUGUACAAGGGAAUGUUUGCACCCAUAUUAGGAGUCACUCCAAUGUAUGCAACUUGCUUCUUAGGUUUCAGUAUCGGUAAAAAACUUCAAACGCCAGCUGAAAAUGGAAAUUACAAUUUGCAACAACUCUUCCAAGCAGGAAUGCUUGCCGGUGUCUUCACAACUGUCAUUAUGGCCCCAGGUGAACGAAUCAAAUGCCUCCUACAGAUUCAAGCAGCGUCUAGCGGUAAACCCAAGUAUGCUGGACCAGCUGACUGUGCUAAGCAAAUUUAUCGAGAAUCAGGACUCUUUAAGGGGCUCUAUAAAGGAACUGGUGCAACACUUCUAAGAGACGUUCCUGCUAGUGGCAUGUAUUUCAUGGUAUAUGAAUGGCUUAAAAUAGCGAUCACACCGGCUGACCAAAAACCAGGAGAUUUGAGUGUUCUUCGCGUACUGUUUGCCGGUGGAAUGGCUGGCGUUCUGAACUGGUGUGUAGGCAUUGCACCAGACACACUAAAGUCCAGAUUACAGACAGCCCCUGAGGGAACCUACCCUCGUGGUGUCCGUGACGUCUUCCCGAGACUAAUAAAGAGUGAGGGAUUCUUUGCUCUGUUUAAGGGAAUCACGCCGGUCAUGCUCAGAGCUUUCCCAGCAAAUGCGGCAUGCUUCCUCGGUUACGAGAUGGCAAUGAAAUUCCUGCAGUGGGCCACGCCAAAUUUAUAACUGAAGUUGUCAACGUUGGUGGUAAGACCAAAGCAAUUUGACCAUUGAUGGAGUCCGAAAUAUUUGCCGAAGUGAAAGUACACACAGUUGAGUUUGUGUGUACAUGGAACAAUGGACAAAUUGUGAAUAAACUUUUCUGGCUGUGAUUUUGUACCUAUUGAAAUCAAUUGUUUUAUUAUAGCCAAUUUAACGCACAAUCAGGUUUGUUUUUGUUUGACAAACAGACAGGUUUCAGGGUAUUAGAAGAAAACAAAUUUGGAAGAUUUUAUUACAUUGUAAUACAUUUGACUUAAACUUUACAGGGCAUGGGUCAUACAAUUUUUAUAUAAGACCAUUUAAUCAGACGCAAUCGCUGAAAAGUUCCAUCAGAAGUGAAUGGUCCUGAAACUACACUUUGUUGCAUUUGAGUUUAUGGACUGGGAAGGGGGUGUCUUAAGCAUGUCAAAGGUCAUGCUAAAUGCACCAAUCAGAGCACAAGAUAUUAAUGAUUGACAGGUCUGCAUGAUGUGAAUGUGAAAGAUGCCGGAAUGCUAAGAUUUUUUGAGCAUGUAUCAAAACAAAAUGGGAACAGCUUUGUCUCCAACAAAAGUUUUUAUAUAUUUUUAUCUUUAAAGGAAGGGCACACUUUUGGUAAUUUUUGGUAAAGAGUAUCCUCACUUGG